UCGUUAAAAUAAACCAAUAACGAAGGCUGUUCUCCACCAUACGUUUCCAUCUAUCUAGUAGUAUCUCGUAGAAAUAAGAAACUUCAUUCAUUCAGUUGCUUCUUCUCACCACUCUCUCUAAUCUCCAAGUCUCAAGUCAAGCUCCCCAUGUAGAUCCUCUCCUCCUUAUCUUUCCUGUUUUCUCUGUUUUUCUCUCUCAAAUGCGGAUAGAAGCUAAUAGAAAUUAGCUUUUUCACUCAUGGGCUCUGUCACUGUAAAACCCUCAUUAAAUACUUUCUGUUUUAUUCCCAAGAGUCCCAAAAUUCGUUGUCAUUCGCCUCACUUCUCAUUCCUCAAACUCAGACCUUCCCUUGUUUCUUUCCCCUUUAAAUCUCCUUCUGAUCCAAUAAACUCAUCUCCCAAAUGUAAAAUUCGAAGCUUUAUGGUUAACCCUUUAUUGGUUUUAGUCCCAGUUUUGAGAAGCAUCAGAGGCUUGGCUUUUUCGCAUUCCCAAAAAUGGGCUUCACGUUUGCACGAUUGCAUUACAGAAUCGGAAGAAAUUUUAGACCAAUACAAUGGCAAUUAUUGGCAAAGUGGAGGUCUUGGGAUGGCUUUAUUGAGUGUAACAGCUAGCGCUAAAGUUCGGAUUAGUCCAUUCGUGGCGACAUUGGCGGCGAAUCCCACGUUUGUUUCUGGUUUGUUUGCAUGGUUCAUUGCUCAAUCGAUGAAGAUUUUUUUAAAUUUCUUUAUAGAGCGGAAAUGGGAUUUCCGGAUAUUGUUUGCUUCUGGUGGGAUGCCUUCUUCGCACUCGGCUUUGUGUACUGCUUUGACGACAUCGGUUGCCAUUUGUCAUGGAAUAGCGGACUCCCUGUUUCCUGUUUGUUUGGGGUUUAGUUUGAUUGUUAUGUACGACGCCAUUGGAGUUAGAAGGCAUGCGGGGAUGCAAGCUGCGGUUCUUAAUAUGAUCGUUGAGGACCUAUUUCAAGGGCAUCCAAUUAGUCAAAGAAAACUCAAGGAACUUCUUGGCCACACACCGUCACAGGUCUUUGCAGGAGCUAUGCUUGGGAUUGUGGUAGCUUGUAUAUGCUGCCAAGGUUGCUUGGCUACAACCUAGAAAUGUUUAUAGAGGUAAAUUUUUUGUCAUAUCAUUUGGACAGUGUUUUACUAUUGUAAAAACCUGGCUCGAUUUUAUGGCUUGAUGAGUUUAUUGAACUCUCACCAGAAGAUGCUGAACUUUUGUUCUUGUUUCAGUAACUUUCCUACUUGUAACACAAAUCCAACUUGACGCUAAUUUAGGAAUCUAGAAACUUUCCUGCCUGUAUAUCAAAUAAUGAGGUUUCAUUCUCAUUUAGGUAAAUCACAGGACAGGUGAUGUGGCUAACUUUCAAGGACACAUUUUUAACAAAUUUUCAGCUGCUAUUUGAAUCGGAAUCAUUGAAUUAAA